AUGACGGAGAGCGCGGGAUCGCAGCGUAGGAAGGGAAAAGAGACGGCGGAGGAUCUUCUGGCAAGGCUCACUUUGCAGGAAGAGGAGGAGGAUGAUUUCGUCUGGGAGGAAGAGUUGCCUGACAGUUUGGAACCUGCAAAGUGGUUGGCGAUUGCCCGCGUCCACACGCCGAAAUCGUUCAGCCCUAAUGCUCUCUACGGGGAUAUGCGGGCGGCCUGGAACCCGGCUAGACCGGUGGUGUGGAGAAAGAUCAAGGAGAACCUCUUCACGGAGCAAUUUGGAUGUCUUGGUGACUGGAAUAAGGCCAUGCUUGAGGGACCAUGGUUGUUCAGAGAUCAGGCGGUGAUCAUGGAGGAAUAUGAUGGCUUUAAAAACCCUGUUUCGUUUAAACUCGACAAGCUGGCUGUUUGGGCUCAGAUCCACCGGCUACCAAACAACUUUUUGAUUGAACCAGCAGUGAGGGGACUGGCCUCCAGGAUCGGCGAGGUGGAAGAAGUACAACUGAAACUGCUUGCAGGUUACUUUGGGGAGUUUGUCAGGGUGAAGAUAAAGAUAGAUAUCAACGCCAAGAUCAAACAUUUCGUCACCGGAAAAAAGGGGGAUGAGAGGAUCAAAUAUCAAGUUAAGUAUGAGAAGUUGCCUAUCUUCUGCUAUAAUUGUGGGGAAUUUGGUCAUUGGCAUGAGGAAUGCGGAGAUGGAGAGCAUGAUGAGAUGUCUUUCGAGUGGGGCGAUUUUCUCUUUGCUGAUAAUGUUCGCUUCAGGCCCUUUGGCCGGGGGAACCCUGCUCCGCAGCGUGGUAGGGGUGGCCCGGGGAUGGGCGAUCGUGGGAGAGGAUGUGAACAGUAUAACCCAGAUCGUAGCUGGCGCUUUAACGCUCAGGAGCAGCAAAACCCUAGAAAGGAGGGGGGGGGGUCGUCAGAGAAUACAGAGAAGGAGAAAGGCGUGACUGCGGAUAGUACGCCCCAAGGGAUGAUGAGUAUGGGGCAUGAGCAGAUUCAGAACUCAAAUAAACGCACCUCUGUGGAUAAUAUGGCUAGUUCGUCAAUAAGCAACAGUGUGGGACGGGCCCAGGAUGACACUUUAGCGCUGAUUCUAAAACAGCCUCAAGUUCCCCCUCUCCCACCAGUUUAUGUGUCACCAAGGAAGGAUCAGAAAAGGCCAAAGAAAGGGAUGGAUGAGUCAGGAAAGACGGUGGAGACAGGCAAAGCCACCAACACCAAUGAAGCACAAUCAGCGGGCUCCUUCGAGGAGCACCGCCGGGCGCAAUGA